AUGAACUAUCAAAGUAAAGCUAACAAAUAUGUGUGUCCAAACGAUAGACAACUUUCUUUGCGAGCCAAGCUGCGUACGGGAUGGAGUACUGCCCGCAGCGAGCCCCCGCUGACCGCGACGGAGCGCGAGGCCAUCGCCGCUGUCGUCAAGAGAGCUGAAAAGGUAGACGAGGUCGAGGCGAGACGAGUUGGACGAAUAGUUGCCAGACUUGAGGGAAUGCGCCGUUCAGCACAAGGUCCAGCCCCUCGAUCCUGCCUACUUUGCGGAGAAACAUCAAGACUCCUAGCUCCCUUGAGAACUUGCUCAAUUUGUCGCAACACUGCCUGUCCUAAAUGCGUCAUUGAAAUGCCUCCACACAGGUCGCCAAUAUAUUCCAGAGAACAGUACAUGUGCAACCUCUGUGCUGAGACCAGGGAGAUGUGGAAGAAGUCUGGCGCGUGGUUUUACAAGUCCUUGCCUAAAUAUAUUCUACCAGAGCGUAAGGCAACCAGGCGCUACAACGACACUGAAUUAGCAAGGUCGUUACAGGACGCGGGGAACAGCAGUAAUGAAGGAAAGACGGACUCCGAGCCUGGUUCACCUCUCAGUGUACACGCGCCGACGUUCUCUAGGCAGCCCAGCAAUACCGACAGUAGAAAGUCGAUAGUUUCGUCACACGACACUCAUCACGACUGGAACGAAACCGAUAUCCUUUCCCACGGUGUCAGCGGCCUCAGUCUUCACAGAACUGAAAGUCUCAACCAACGCUCUGUUGCUGGGCUUAAGCGAACAGGCAGCAAGGGAAGUGCCUACAGCAUUCGCAGCAUAAGAAAAGAAAUAUCUAAACCACUCACUCAACCGGAGAGACCUACAACAAUUCCCGAUGCUGGAUUUGGAACGCUGGAAAUUAAACUAGCCUAUGAUAACGGCACUUCGUCCCUCGCAGUGACCGUUUUAAGAGCUAGGGGUCUAAUUGGAAUGGACAUGACUGGAUUAUCGGAUCCAUUUUGUAGAUUAGAAAUUUUGCCUAGAGAAGGAACAUAUUCUAACAGGCUACGCACAAAGACAGUGCACAAGACCAAAAAUCCAGAAUUUAACGAAACACUUCACUUCUUUGGUAUCACUGAAUCCGAUCUGGCUGCGAAAUCUUUAGAAAUCGUUCUUUUUGAUGACGAUAGGUACGGAUGUGACGAAAUGGGAUCGGCUACAGUUUCUCUUAGAGAUUGCGCCAAGUCUCCGAUUCAACUCAGGCUGGCGUUAUCUGGAGCCACCGGUACUGAACCUACAGGACCUAGAGUACUCUUAGCUCUCUGCUAUAGCACGAAAAAGCGAGCACUCGUGGUGACCAUUUGCAGGGCUGCCGAACUUCCACCACGGGACAGUAAUGGAUAUUCAGAUCCUUUCGUUAAGUUGCACCUAGAUCCAGAUCCUUAUCAUAAAAAGCACAAGACGUCAAUAAAAUGGCGUAACUUAAAUCCAAUUUGGAAUGAAGAGUUUUUAUUUGAGACGCGUCCCACUGAGCUUUCCCGCCAAAAUUUAACACUGACGUUUUGGGAUAAGGACUACGGAAAACCUAACGACUUCCUGGGUAGUCUUGUACUAGGUGCGAGCAGCAAAGGAAGAAGAUUAAAACAUUGGAUGGAUUGCAUAAAAUUUCCGGAUCAUAGGCACGAGCAGUGGCAUUCUUUAACUGAUACUCAGCAUUUAUAA